AUGGCAAGCUCAGAUGAAGGAAUGUCAUCGGGAUUCGAGUACCAAGUGUUUUUAAGCUUCAAAAGAUCUGACACUUGCCAUGGAUUCACCGACUUCCUCUUCCAUAGCUUGAUUGAUGCUGGAAUCUAUGUUUUCCAAAACAACAAAGAGCUCCGUGUGGGUGAAAGGAUCAAUGGAUUGCUUCAACAAGUGAUCAACAACUCCAAGAUCUAUAUACCCAUCUUCUCUCAGAAUUAUGCUUCAAGCCAACAGUGUCUUGGCGAGCUCACACAGAUCUUCUCAAACACCUCAAACUCAAAAGAUUAUAAAGAGAUUUUACCUAUUUAUUUUGGUGUGGAACCUAAUGAUGUUAGGUUGAAAACUGUACUGUAUAGUGAUGCCAUCCUAAGUUUGCAGCGCGAGAAGGAGUUGAGUAAUGAGCAAGUGGAUAUCUGGAGAAAGGCUCUCAUGGAGGUUGGUGCGAUAAAGGGGUGGGAAGUGAAGAAGUACAAUGGCCAUGGCGAAAUAAUCAAAUUAAUAGCUGAGGAGGUCACGGAAAAGCUAAAAGUAAAACAUCGACUUAUGAGUAAACAUUUAGUUGGUGUUGAUGAUCAUGUGGUAUCAGUAUUCCAAUUGUUAGACAUCGAUUCCGAUGACGUACGGCUCAUUAAAAUUUAUGGCAUGGGGGGCAUCGGUAAAACAACUCUUGCCAAAGUCAUCUUCAAUGAAGUCUGUAGUCAUUUUGGAGAGUAUUCUUAUUUCCUUGAAGAUAUUCGAGAGAAGUCAUCAAGAGCUAAUGGCUUAAUUGAGUUGCAAAAGAAGUUCUUGGACAAAAUCGACUAUCGUGCAGGAACAAGUAGCAUCGAUGAAAUUGAUCAUGGAGUGAAGAGGAUUGAAGAAGCACUACACAAUAAGAAAGUCCUCUUGCAAGAACUAUGUACAGAGACAUUGGACAAGUUGAGAAGAGCACCUCCUGAAGAUGUUUUUGAAAAGUUAAAGAUUAGUUAUGAUGCCUUAAGUUAUGAGCACCAACAAAUUUUCCUCGAUAUUGCAUGUUUUUUCAUUGGAGAGGAUACAACGAAUGCAAUUCACAUGUGGAGAGAUUGUAGGUUCUUCCCGGUUACUGGAGUUGAUGUCCUUCGAAACAUGCGUUUGGUAGAAAUUAGGGAGAACAAUGAGUUUUGGAUGCAUGAUCAACUUAGAGAUUUUGGAAGAGAAAUAGUUCGUCGAGAAAAUCCAAUAAAUCCUGGAAAACGGAGUAGGAUAUGGAUUUGGGAGGAGGUCCUUCAUGUACUAAAUACGGAGAAGAUCAACAAGAAGGUUGAAGCACUAUACUUUGAGAGAAAUCCACUAAAUUCCCAUAACAUCAUUGUUCAAAUUAAAGAGAUUGGAAGGACAAACAUGUACCUAAAUAAUAUUGUUGUUCUUGAAUAUACAGGUGUUGACUCAUUAGAUGAUUUGAGAUUACGGGACAUAAUCAAGAGGGCAAGAAAAUUGAAAGUUCUCUAUCUUAAAAGUUGUCACGGUAUAAUGAGAACACCAGACUUCUUUGGAUGCCCGAAUUUAGAGAGGCUUAAUUUUGAAGAUUGCUCCAAUUUGAAGAGAAUUGAUGGUUCUAUUGGGAACUUGAAGUAUCUGACUGACCUAAAGAUUGAUAGGUGCUUUUGUCUUAAAGAUUUGCCUGAGGAAAUCGGGGACCUAGAGAAUUUGAAAAACUUCUUUGUACAACGGUGUAAAGUGAAGAAACUCCUAGAUUCCAUAUGGAAGUUGAAAUCACUAAGGGAAUUGCACUUUUCAAGUUGCUUUCUUCCAUUAGUUUCAGCAGAUUUAUGGGAGUUACCUAGUGCUAUUGGAAUGCUUCCGAAUCUAGAAGUGCUUCUAGUUAAUAUUCCCAAUUUAAAAGGUGAACUUCCUUCUGGGAUUGAAGUUUUGCCCAUUCUAAGAAUUCUAAAUCUAUCAAAUACUCAGAUCAGCGAAGUUCCAAAGACAAUCAGCAUGCUUCCUCACUUGCAAAAGUUGGAGUUGAUGGCAUGUCAUAAUAUUCAAGAGUUGCCAGCGCUCCCAACAAGUUUAAACAAUCUAAGAAUGUCAUCUGCAUCAUUGAGGGCAAUCCCGGAUCUCUCGUACUUGACUAAUUUGGUUCAGUUGGAUCUAAUGAUAGUGGAUGAGGAGGAGAUAAACUUUAUCUCUAUUAGUGAUGGUGGAUUGGGAAGUUAUUCAAAUUGA